AUGAAGCGAAGGAGGAGCGUGGGGCGGCCGAGGACGGGCCAGCGAAAGCCACCCAGGAGGAGCCUAAGGAAGCGGAGGCAGAGGAGGCCGAGGCGCGAGACAGCGCGGAGGGAGGCGAGGAAGAGGACGACCAGGCAGAGGACGAGCGGGGAGGCGGGGAACGAGAGGCUGAGGAGGGCGAAAGCCAUGAAGACGAAGAGAGACAGCAGAAGGCGCCGAUCGAAGACGGGGAUUCCGCUGGCCAGGAGGCUCAGGAGGGCGAAAGCCAGGAAGACAAAGAGCGACAGCAGAGGGCGCCGGUCGAAGACGGGGAUUCUGCUGGUCAGGAGACAGCACCCCAUGUUCCGAGAGAAGCAGCGCGACGAAAAAGAAGGCGCAGACGAACGAAA